CCUCCACUAGGAAUUAACUGCUAAGUACGGUAAACACUAAGACGAACUGUAUAGUUUUAGACGUUCGACGCACAGUUCGACGCAGAGAAAGAAUGAAGAUCAUCCUUCAGCUCAGCAUGCUGCUUUUGUUGGCGGCAACUACAGAAAUAGCGUCCACUUGCGAUUUGAAGCCCAAUGGCUGUAGCAUCCCCGCAAAAUACAAGAAAUGGGUGGGCUGGAAAGGAACAUUCACUCCAGCCUGCAACAAGCACGACGUGUGCUACUUUUGUAUAAGUUGGCGAGUCCAUGAGAACAAAUCGAAAUCGGCUCUUGCUCCAUUACUGCCUAAGUUUCAGACUAGAUUGGCUAACAACACUUCGAUUUGAAGAUUAGCGCUAUAAAACCUUGAAAAACCCAGUCGGCAGCCAUGAUCGCGCUUGAGUACAACAAUAGCUAACAAUCAGGGAUGCUAUAGGACCGUAUUGUCGAAUGAAGGCGAUAAUCAGUUGCGAUCGACUUUCACCAGUGAACCCGUCUUACUGUGCUAGCUGUGGAAUUUUUGGAGAAGCACAGCCAGAGCCAAAACUAUAAAAACCCUGCUUUUUUGAAAAACCAAAUACAGGGAGAUUUGUUGCUACAAAGUAAUCUGCUUAAAAUGCAGGUAGAAUAAAAAAGUGUCGUCCUGUAGAAAUUCGUACCCAAAGGAUUCUAGCACAUGCAUUGAGGACUCAACCACUAAGUAGUAAGCGGCUUUAAAAAAAGAAAUCAAUGUAUAGUUUUUAACGUCGCUAUGAUUAAAAAAUGUGAUUAUUUUAUUAUUUUUUUCAGGGAGGACCGGGAUAUCAUAAAUGGACAAAACAAGAGUGUGACGAUGCUUUCUAUCGUGACAUGAAGAAAGCAUGCAAGAAAACAAAUCGCGGAUUUUUAGGGCUGCUGAAAAGAGCGGAGUGCAAAUUUUGGGCGUUCCUAUAUUACAAGGCUGUGUGUUGGUCUCGGACAGCGAAGAAAGCAUGGAAUACAACUUACUGCAAAGAGGCCUGCCGUCCUUCUGAAGGAGAUCCUAACACAAUCUUGAGUUAG